AUGAAAUCUUCGAUAGACGAACAGGAUAGCAAUAAGAAAGUAACGUUUUCAAACUUUGGGCUGAAUAAUGAAAAUCAAGUAUUUGAGACUACAUCGGAGUCUUCAAGCGAUGACGAUAUGAAACUGCGUGACCAACUGCUAAGGAACAAUUCCAAUAAUGGCACAUUAAUGAAGGAGGACGAGCUCCACCACCAAAGUAAUCCUUCAGCGAAGACUUCGCAACAGAGUAGACCGUCCCCAAAGCUUCUGCCGGAAGAACAGAACAAAGAAUCGAAAGAAGACUCAGUACAUAAUUACGAUUUUGGGCUACGAAGGCUGAAAAAUGACGACCAAAAUCACCAAAAGGAAGUAGAAGAGGAUGAAGAGGAGCUUCCAGUGUUUAACAAAAGACCAUUGACGGAUACUCCAAUUGUAUCUAGUAUAUGCUCUCCUGUAACCAGGGUACAGUCGAGCGACUAUGAAGACGAAUACGAUAAUGACGCUAGUGGUAAUAGGCCGCUUUUGAAGUCCAAUAACAUAUCUCAUUUAAAUUUAUCUGACUUGGCCACAGAUUCAAAAUCGAGCUCCAUUAGUCCGACUAACACACAUGAACAGCGUAACAUUGAAGACGUGAGGAGGCUCCAGAUUAAUAAAGAAGCAAAGGAGAAUCUCUUAAAAGAUGUUCCAAAUGACGUGAAAGAGCAAUUUGAGAAAACACCCUCCAUUGAAAAACUUAAAAACUUACUUUUGACGAAACCGCCUCCCAGCGCAAGGAAAGCUUAUACUCUAAACAUACCUGGCCAAACAUCAUCGAAAAUUUCUCCUGAUGGCAGAAUAGCUUCGAUUGAUGUGGGGUCAAAGUUAGUCAUAGUGAUGGUUGGUUUACCAGCAAGGGGCAAGAGUUAUAUUACGAAUAAACUCACCCGAUAUUUGAACUGGUUGCAGCAUGAUUGCAGAGUGUUCAACGUAGGAAACACAAGAAGAAAAGAUAAACUUAAUAACGCUGGGCCGGAGAACAAACCAUUACCCGAUACACAUACUCCGAAUAAUGAACGCGAAACUUCAGAAGAAGUGAAAUCUCCAGAGCACAAUGCAGACUUUUUUGCCCCUGAUAACAAGUCAUCUACAACAUUAAGAGAGAAAUGGGCAAUGGAUACUCUAGAUCAGUUGUUGAAUUACGUGAUAGAUGGAUCCGGCUCUGUGGGGAUUUUUGAUGCGACUAACUCAACGAAACAAAGAAGGUUGAAAGUUUUGAAGAGAAUUCAGCAAAGAUCAAAUGGAGAGCUCAAAGUACUUUUCUUAGAGAGCAUUUGUUCGGACCCUGCAAUCAUUGAAGCAAAUAUCAGAUUAAAGCUUUCAGGUCCAGAUUAUAGAGAUAUGGAUCCUGAGGUUGCACUCCAAGACUUUGUUGGAAGACUACAUAACUAUGAAAAAGCUUAUGAAACUAUAGAUGAAUCAGAAGAGGCCAUUCCACAAUUUCAAUACGUAAAAAUGAUUGAUGUUGGAAAGAAAGUAGUAAGCUAUAAUGUUCAGGGUUUUUUGGCCUCCCAGACAAUAUAUUUCCUAUUAAAUUUCAAUUUGUGUGAAAGACAGAUAUGGAUAACAAGACAUGGUGAAAGUGUAGACAAUUUGAGUGGUCGUAUUGGAGGAGACGCUCAUCUAACAGAAAGAGGAAGGAGAUUCUCUAAAACUCUUGCAGCAUUUAUGAAUCACCAGAGGAAAGAGUUCCGUAAGCAACAGCUUGAAAGGUUUUCGUCUCGACUUGAAGUUCGCUACAACUCAAUCUUCAAUGAAAAUGAAGUUGCAAACUUGGACAAUAUUCCCACUGAGCCUAACUUUUACGUAUGGACAUCUAUGUUGUGUCGCGCUGUCGAAACCGCAGAGUAUUUCGAUGAGCACUUGUACUCCAUUAAGGAAAUGCGAAUGUUAAAUGAAUUAGGCGGAGGCAAAUUUGAAGGAAUGACAUAUGACGAAAUUCAACGUAAAUAUCCGAAAGAAUUUGAUGCUAGGCUUAGAAAUAAGAUUACAUACAGAUACCCUGGUGUGGGUGGAGAGUCUUACCUUGAUGUUUUAACCAGGUUGAGGCCACUCAUUACUGAAAUCGAGCGAACAACUGAUCAUUUACUCAUAAUUUCGCAUAGAGUUGUUCUUAGAAUUCUAUUGGCCUACUUUCUUAAUCUCGAUAGAUCUGCUAUUGGGGAGCUAGAUGUACCGCUACACACCUUGUAUUGCCUAGAACUGAAACCCUACGGUACAGAUUAUAGGAUGUAUGAAUAUGAUGAGGGUUUGGAUUGGUUUGUCAAGGUAGAACCAGAACAUCGCAAAAAUGUUAAGGAAGUUGGUGUUGUAUUUAAAGAAAGGAAAUACAGUGUUAUACCAACUGCACCGCCCUCCGCUAAAAAAGAAAACAGAACUAGAACUUACAGCAGUAAUCCGAGCUCCUCUGGCAAUUUCAGUGUCCGGAGAAGCUUGAGCUCUGGAACUAAGCACUCUAAUUCUGGUGUGACCUCCAACGGCCAGGAAGAUAAUACCGGCCACAGGACUUCAGUAUUCUUCACUGGGGACAAGACGAAAUCUGAUUCGAAUAAGAGCAGUUCUAGAAGUACAAGUGGUAAUAUGGUCCCUAGUCAAGAUGAUGAUGUAAGCGGUGCCGUUAACAGACUAAACUCUAUGAAGGUUUCUGACUUGAACAAACUUAGAAAGCCUUGA